GAAACAUAAUGCGUGUAUAGCUAAGUGAGUAAAUAUCCAACUAAGAAUAAUAUUUUUUUUAUGUUUAAUGAUUACGGCUUUAACCGUAUGUACAAUACGGCACAACUAAGAAAAAUAUUUGUUAGAAUUAUUUCGUUACGCUUUGGUAAAAGUUUUAAUACAAAUUGAAAAUUAGUAAAUAUUAAAUAUGUGAAUUGUGAAAUUGCGCAAAUUUGUCAUUAGACCGCAAAUCAAAUAACAGCGCAAGGAGCAAUGCUAAUGUACAAAUUGGAAAAGUGCAACGAUUAUCUCCAUAUUAACUUUAUCACAAUAUACCGCAAAAUCUUUAUUUACCGACGAAUUCAACAUACAGAUUACCUAAGCACAUUUCACUGAGCAAAGUGUACGAAGGUUUGAGGUUUCAACUUCUGCUCCAAAUUUAACCGAAAUUAUGUCUUAUUCGAUGCAAGGAACUCGCACGGCUCUUAACGGUUACUUUUCCAAUAUACGCCCUCGCUGAAUCGACACAUGCUAAACAAGCAAGACAAGCAAGAAUCCGCUUGCCAAAUUGCGCACCUAAUUCUAACUUCAGCUCUCGUCAAUUUUCCCAUUUGGUGAUACCCAUCCAACUAAUGGUACACAUCACCUAACAUCCAUCUUUCUCUCCUCACACGCAUAUAACAUCUACAUCUUCAUUACUAGAUGACUUUUGGGAUGGAAAAGGCAAAUUGUUUAGGUUGAUGAUACUGUUUUUCCCGAUGGUACCCACUUGAGCAUAUUAUUUUAUGUUUCGUGAGAAAUGUACCGAUGUUAAUUUCAUCUCGCGAACACCUAAUCAACCGCUUUCGUUCGAAACAUUACGAGUGAAGUAGGGUGACAGGUAGAAAAUAUGAAGUCGCACGGCAUCUUUCCUACUCACCACCACCAAGGGUACACGAGCGCCGUCUUCGUAACCUAACCAAACGCCUCGAGGCCGUCCUCCACUAAUCAAACUGAGCUGAUAAAGGCGCUGACAGAAGGGAAAUCGUUCAAAUACUCUAAAGAACUAACUCUGGUGGUUGCACUGAUUGCUUACUCGCUUUUUCGCUCUUUUAACCACUCACUCAUUCAUUUAAUUAAUUCAAUUUAAUUAGUGCGCGCGAAUGACUCCCCCAUCGGGGAAAUGUAAUGGAGUUUCAAAGUUUGUACUUCUUUUCUUUUCCCUGUACUCGUGUACUUUUGCCGUUUGCGAAACUUGUUCUACCGUUUGUAGAGAGAGAAAGAGAGGUGGCCGAAAUAUUUGCGGAUUCAUAUUCUGCCGAAACAUUUCUGCUAACAAUACAUUUAUAAAUGGUUGUUAUGGUAUGUAUAACAAAUGCUUCUACGCGACGCGUAGAACAGGAUUUCACCCAAUAAUUUAUUGUUAUAACAUUAUUGAUAACAAAUAUUCAACUAUUCGGUUGAUACUCUUGCAACAUUCGCAGACAAAUUUAUGUACAUUUGUGUAAUAUGAUUGGUGUUUGAAUGUUAAAUCGUUUUUGAGAAUACUUUUAUUUAUUUGACCGGUUUUUUAUGUAACUCACAAGAAUGUUCUUUUCACAUGUUUUUUUUUUCUUUUAUUUUAUGAUCGACUGUUGCAGUAAGGACUCAAACGGUUUGCAUACUUGUGUAAUGUAUUUCCCUUUCUGGAGCAUUGAAGAUUCAUCUCCGUGUGUUAGCUGGUCCUCUCCAACCUUUGUUCACAUCGUUUGCGUGGUCCAUUAGCCAUGUGUUUGUAUUAUGGAUGUCAAUUAUAAUUUAUUAUUUAAAUAUAAUUACAAUCAUUUCCAUGAUUAUCGAAACGAUCAAUAAUGUAUGGUACACUGCGACUCCGUUGGACGCUAUUGUAACGGCUGCAUCAAGUAACGGCUAAGGGCUAUUUACUAGUUCACUUUGCUAUGUAGUGGAAAAUAGUUCUAGUUGCUCCAGUAAACAUGGCUCAUUUUGAACGACAUGAUGAACAAAUAUAUUGAUUUGGGGAUAGUGCGCAUUCGUGCGUCUCAUUGCAUUCAAAUGUAAAAUUUAGCUAAACCACAGACACGUUUUUUACGCUCGCAUUGCAUUUUCCAUUGAUGGUAAUGCAUAAGUUAAACAAUUGCUUCUGAUUGUGUUUGUAGAAAUAGCAGACAAUGCAAAACCGUAAAUUUCAUCUCAAAAUCUAUUUUCUUAACAUUUACAAGAUACAAUUAUCGAAUCCUAUUGUAAGGUUUUGAAACAACAUCACUACAUACAUUAACAAUGGUUAAUUACAAAAGUUUUUUUUUAAAUAAACAUUUUAUAAACAAAAAUAAAACAAACAAAUCAUCCCAUCUUUUUCUUGCUAUUGUACAAAAAAUGCAAAUCUUUCAUAAACAGCACUGCGCUGUUAAUAGUGGCAGUAAAAUCAAAAUCCCACGAUACAGGUUUUAAAAACAGCACAAGAGCACUCACCAAAAUGAUACCGUCAUCCAUCCAUCCAUUCAUCCAUCCACCUCCAAAAGCCAUUUGCCCAUUUUACCCAUUAGCUAACCGCCAACACAUGUUAAUAUUUUCCACGAGUAAUUGAAUCAAAAUAUCGCCAAGAUAAACAACCCGAUUCAGGGAUCGAUGCGAGCAUAUGCAGAAUUGACAGAUACCGCGAAAUUAAACGGAAUGCCCACUACCCUUCAUCUUUUCCGAUAGCACCAAUGAAAGAGAGCCCGCUUUCGCCAGGCCAGCUAGCGCCAGGUUUGUCAAAUCCAAAAAGUGAAUCACACGUACACUAACAUGUACGUAACUCUAACCAAGUCAAGCGAAAACAGCCAAAUCACAGCCUAUAGUCACACAACAGUUGAAGGCACCUACCGAUCAAUAGAAGUAUUACAUUAUCCGAUUUUUCAACCACUUUGACACUACUGAAACAUGAAUUGUUAGUACUGUUCGCAACGUACACUCCAACGGCUGGGUGCAUGCAUGUGGUGCAAACAUCAUAUCGAUUAGCGCACGCCUCAAGCCCGCUCUCAACUGACCAUACAUUUCCACUAAUCCGUUCCCACUGAAUGACAAACAGGGAUAGGAGAUCAAAACCUGCGAAACGACGUAACUAACAUUUAUUUUACAACAACGGUUUACAUCCACCCAAACCAUCCGGUUCGCGGAUGAUCCUCCGCACAUCGCGGAAGUGGAAGAAGGCACACAACAAACGGCGGACAUCCCAAUCGAAAUUGGAUCGUUUUGGAUUGUUCAACCAUUUUGCACCGGUUUCCUUCGUUUCCUCACACCGCACUCCGGCCAGUUUUACUUCCAUAAUCGUGUCCACCGCCGGCACCAUUCUUUAGCCGAUGAUCUUGCCCAUAGAGCAAUCGGCUAGGGCGUUCUGUGUGAUUAAACGCAUCCGAGCUUUGUGUGUUACUAUAGCUGUGCACAAUUCGUCCGCAAUGGACAGAUGAAUAAUUAAAUCAUUUUCGUUGGAAUUCCGAUGGGACAGUGAAAUUUACGCGACUCAAUAACAUGGUUUUUGGUUACGUAUUCUGUUAGAAAUAAACAAAAAUAUUGGGACCAUCGCGUAUCAACCUAUCAGAGACAAGGGGGGCCGCCUUCUUUUACGAUUUGAUUAGUCCUAUAUUGUUUGAAAAAUUAGCUCAUUUUGUUAGUUAUAUUUGUUCUUAUUUACACAUGAAAUCGCAUAUUGGAACAAUUUAUAAUCUCCCACAUAAAUAAGCGGUAGUUCAAUUGUUCCGUUUCGGUUAACAAUUAAACAUAAAUUAAGUGUGCCAUGAGCCAAAACGUAACGAGCUCUACUUUUCAAUACAUGUUCCUGAAGAAAGCCCGGUCCGUUUUGCUCCUAACAUCAUAUUUUGAUACAAUAAAAAAGGACGUCAAGAAUACCUAGUUAAAAAAUCUUAUACGAUGAAAUUAUCAAGCGGAAAAAUACACACACUCCAUGCCCACCAACCAAUUACCAAGCGUUAAAAAAAGUGCACAAAAACCGACAAACAGACACGGCGGAUAGCAUAGAGGAGGCCGGUGUAUAAACUAACCGAGUACCGGAGCUACGAGCCGCAAGGAAAAAUUCUUCAUAUAAAAUCCACAAAUUAGUAUAAUUGCAUUAAUUUUUAAUAUAUUCACAAAUACCAAUAUGAACAAAGAAGAGAUGAGGGCGAAAGGACAUUGGUAUAAAAAAUAGGAUUGUCCUUUGCCGUUACUCUUGAUCGCAGACCAUCUCCACUUGCGUCUCUUGCCUAUCCGCGUGCGCCUAUAUAUCUAUAGUUCGGUCUGUGUCCUCCUCCCCUCCCUGGUUCUGUUCCCUUCCCUGCUGCUUUCAUUCUUUAUAUCUAUCGCACCAUUAAUCUCUCCAUCACUGUCCUUCUUUCGCUUCCUACUCAGACCCUACAAACUUUCAAAGAUAUUUCACCCUUUUUACCAACAUCGUGCACAAUUUUUCGCUUCUACCCUUCCGCCUUCUACUCUCUUUGGUGAUGAGUGGCCAUCGCUUUUUUUUUCAAUUCACCAAAGGGAAUUGAUAAUAAAAAGUGGUUUAAAUCAACGAAACUAACAAACGUAUGAUGAACAAUUACUAUACAGAACCUACAUCUUCAUCGCACACUUCUUUACAUACAGGAAUGUACCAACGGAAUACAUGCACGAAAAAAAAAAUGUAUAUACAGAGAUUAAAAAAUGUGUUCAAUGUCUCGUUCAAUUUAGUCGUUAGUCAAUAGAAAAGAAGAUAUAUCUCUAUGAACGUCAUUCGUAUGUUCGAUUUUAGAUUAUACGCUCGUUCUCUCUUGGGACAUGGACAGAAUUUAAGAAACAAGAAAACCAAAUAUAUGUAUGCGCUACAUAAAUCAUCUAUUGAGCACGUGUAUUCAAAAACAAAAUAGAACGUUUUGCAUUUGAACGAUUUUUCAACAACAACAAAAAAUCAUUCAUGCGACUAACCGAUGUUGAGAAUAAGUUCAUUUUUGUGUACGUGUUCACAUUAGUUUCUAUACAAUUGAGAAUGAAAAAAUAUCUGAUUUAUCUGAUAAAUUCAUUUCAAUUUCAUUACACGGAAACACACGCUAAGCGAAACAACCGAUCAACAAGUUUAUUUUUCUGUCGCUACUCUCGCUUCCAAAUAAUCCAUUUUUCCAUUUCCAAUAGUAUACCUUACUAAAUAAAACAUUUGAGAAGCACAUUGUGACAAAAUUCUUCUCUCAUUUCUGUAGUUUCAUUCUUUUCAAAGAGAAUACGCAGCACAAAAAAAACUCAUAAAGGCACAUAAAAUUACACUCUGCCCGCGCAAACGAAACCACCUUCAAAUAUUUGCUGUCAUUUUGGAAGAUUUCAACCGUACUCGGUCGAAAGUUACCACACUGCCGAUAAGUUAAUACUGGUGAUACCGUCCGUCGUCGUCGUCGUUUUCAGCACUGUGUCCUCUCUAUCGCUUCUUCCCCUCUAUGCAUAACACUCUUUACACGAGCGGAAAGGAACGGAAGGCCAAUUUUGCAUACGCUUCGUUUUCUUAUUUGCAAACCAUUAACAAAAAAUACCAUUUUAAAAACGGCGAAACAACGGUACAAGGGUGCAAUGGAACAAAAUACGCGAACAAAUUGCCUUUAGCACAACAAACGUUGAGUUUGUUAUAAAUCCGCCUCAAUUCGUGAAUAGGAAGCAGUAGCUGUGGUGGUUUUGAUACUACACGGACAGAUAACGUAGGAGGAGUAGGCGAGUUGGCACAUUAUAAUCAUAUAUGAAGCAAAUCAUAUUUAUUAUGGAGGUUUUACAAUUCAUACUCCAAAGCUUAUGACGACAGGAUUUUAACCUAUCUUAACAUUAAAAAAUUACUGACGCUUUUGUUUUCAACGAUCGUGUAAGUGGCACUAUUGCAAGGUUGACAUUUAACAAGCUAUUUUUUUUAUUUAGAAUUGUAAUUCAUUGUUUAACAUAUAUUUAGCUCCUACAGUAUUUAUGGUUACAUUCUUAAACUACAACAUUUCAUACAGCAUUUUUUCGAAAUUAGUAUGGUUAGAUGACUGUAUAUCAAGCCGUGAAGAACACGGAUAUUGUUUUACAACGAAAAUGUUCAUCAAUACGAAAUAUCGUAGAAUAGGUACAUCACUGGAUCGUGUUACAUAUCAAAUAUCUUGAAUAAUAAUUAAUUUUUAGAAGCAAUAUUUAGAAGCAAACAUUUUUCAUGCAAAGAACAUUUGCCUGCUGUUUGUGUUUUGUGAAAGAUCUAUUGACUUAUCUAUACUAAGCAACAAUUCAAACCUUUACAUACUUGCCACGUAAAUCAAAUAAGCGUAUGUAUUCAAAAGUACUUUGAAAGGUACCACCAAUUUAGCAAACCGCAACGGUGGGAAUGCUGGAAAAAAUAAAUCUGAGGUUUCAUUUAUUUCCCAGCGGUACACAGCGGUUCUACUAAAGCUCACGACACGACGAAGUGCGAUACAAACAGAAACGUUAAAAAAAAGAAACGAAUACCCACCAGAACAGCAAAAAUCAUACAUUUUCUCCCUUAGGCUAGGACUCGUUUUUUACCCUUACCACCGCUAUCAUCGUUUCCCCCUGCCGGAAAACACGAUUGUUCCGGCAUUUAUCCUACCUUCCACGAAUCUAAGUUCGCAUUUUUCGAGGCACCGUCAAACGUUUUGGUCGCUGGUUGUGGUGGCGAAUGCGGUUUCCCGCGUUCUCUCUGACAGUUAUAUCAUAUCGGCGAACGAGUCAGCGAAAAAAUCAUAGAUGAAAUUGUUAAACAAAUACUCUCAACUUGAUUCGAUUUUUUUACUGCACCCCGAAGCCGUACCGCGUUCAGUCCCCUGCAGAGUUCUCUUUAGAUUUGUCUGCACAAAUGGCAUCUCAGAUACGCCCGCGAUCGCUGCGAACCAAGCGCGGAAGGUCCGUUUUCUUUGCCAUUUACUUAAAAAAGCACUGUUUGAAAUCUCUCCACAGCGUCCAGUUUAGGAUACGUUCUUCCGAUAUGCUUUUGUUUAUCAUUUCUAUCAUUGCCAACUGUAUAUUAUAUUUACACAAUUUCAUUUCGUUGUCGUUUUUAGUGCGUUUUGUGCUUUUUAAUAACCUAAAGCAAUCAAAUUUAACAAUGAUUUCUUCUAAAUGGAAUUCAUAAACUAAAAGUGAAACAAAUAGAGCAUUAGGAAAGACAACCAGCUCUAUUUCAAAUACAAUUAAAAAACAGUGUGAAUAUGACACAUUCAAUUAUUGAAGGAGUAAACAUUGCUACUGAUGAUCCUUUUCGUGCUAUUAUUAUCAAUAUUCUCGUCUCAUCUCGCGUUAACAUCCAUCAUUUGAUAUUCAACGUCCAACACACAUUCCACUCAAGUGCGGUCUCUCUUCAAUUUUCCUCUCAAGCAUUCUCUAAUGCUAACAUUCUCUCUAUUUCUUUCUCUAUCUCACAUCUGUUUGCAGCAUUAGCUUUUCAUUUAGUUCGUUCCCGUUUUCUCUUACUGUGUUAAUCUCUCGUAUGCGUUUUCCACGAUCAUCUCCUGCUGCACAUAGCCUGUGAGAGUGGAACCAUGUUCCUAUGUACUCCUGUGUCGCUUAUAAUUAAAUAUGCGGAGCAUCCGAAAGUGACUAAGGAAGCGUUCGUUCGAAUUCAAUUCAUUGCCAACCGCCAUCGAGGUAAGGUCGGAAAGUUCGAAACUCGCGGUCGUAAAAACUAGGUCGUGUAAAUGUACGAAUAAAAAAUCGUUGUUCACUGUUCAUAGGUGAAACAUGUUUACAAACCAAUAUCAUUACUUAAAACCUAACCAAUUGAGUGCUCCGAUUUAGUGGUUUGUGAAUAUGAAAAUCGUUAUACUCAUUCGUAUGUGAAAUAGAACCGGAAGUAAUCACCAUCAAGUACACAUGUUUGGCACCUGGGUCAAUCCGAAUGCACCGGAUGUGAUUCUGGAGGUAGGACCACAUCCGUGCAGCACACGCUAUGCAGCCCAUACAGCACUGCUAGCCACACACAGUGGAUAUCUACGAGCAGCCCUUCGUACACUAGAUCAACAACACACCAACGCAACGGGCCCGUUGCGGAGAGUAGUUUCGCAUCAUGCGGGAAUUAGUACAACAUCGGAAAUAUGUUCCCUUCCUGCCAGUACAAGCACUGCAUCGUUGCUGUAUCUACCGAAUGUGACACCAGAGCAAUUCACUCCUUUACUAUCCUACAUGUAUACAGGCUAUUUGGAUCUUACGAUGGAUAACAUUUUUGGAGUGCUGCUAGCGACCCAUUUACUUCAUAUGCCACGAGCUCUGGAGCUUUGCCGAACGUAUCUGUCGUCUUCUGCUAACACUACCAACACUGCUAGUUGCACUUCAAUUUCUGGAGAUCACUUACAGCGCAGUUAUUUUCCACCAAAAACCGAUACAUCGCUGGCUACUGCCUUUUCAGUAACCAACAGCACAACAAGACUUGUACGUCCGAUCGCUAGUAAAGCAAUGGCCACGGUAGGGUUAAAUUUUAUAGCACCUCCUACUGCUUCUCAGAUUAAUCUUCUUCCCAGUGCACCAUUCCGUAGUCUUGGUGCUACGCCUCAAGACAUAUCAUGUGAACAUCCACAAGAAGAAUCACUGCACGAACCUCACUCUCCUUCACAAAGCCCCAUUAGUGUAACGCGAUAUGAAGAGGAAGAAAGCAUACCACCUUUAACACCGCAAAGCUCACCCCGUUUGGAAAGCGAUGCCAAGGAUAAUGCUGUUGAUCAGAAUUGCGAAGAAAAUAACGCGAAUCCUGCCGAUUCUAAGCGCAUACAAGGUAGUAUUUCGGAUCUGACCUCUGCGACCGACGACGAGAAUCGUACGAAAAAUCAGCCAAUAGCUUUCGCCAAGCGGCAGAAAAUUCAGCAGCAAGACGUAAAUAAUGAUGGUACAAACGGAGUGAUCAUUGAUAUUGCUAGCUGUGAUGGACCUGUCCGUUUUCGACGAGUGUUGAACGUAAUGUACGGGUGUAACAAAAAUAACCGGACACCAGACUGUACUGAAACAUCCAAAGAGGAUGCAUUCAAUUUCGCAGAUGCAGGAAGCAAUGUAAAGAAAAGAAUUUCCCGAUCAUUGCGUUACGCAUCGUCAUUCCACCAACAGAUGGCGCGCAACAUCAGCAACACUGGAAAGCUCGCAUACGAAAGCUCGUCCUCAUCAUCAAACAGUAGUUGCCAAAAAUAUCAACACCAACAAACCCAGAUGCAACCAGUUGUUGCUUCGCAAUUUUUACUGUCACAGGAUGAGGAACAGAAGGACGAAAACAGCCAAGAAGAUAUCGCGCCUUGUAACGCGGAGUCUACUACCGAUGCUGAAGGAAAUUCCAACUACACUUGUGUAUAUUGCAAACAUACAUUUAAAUCCCACUACUGCUACCAAAAGCAUGCUAAAAGACAUUUAAUACCUCUUUGCUUAGACAACAAACCAACAGCAACAUACAGUGCGCCCACCGUUAAAAGUGUUUCUCACGCAGCUAGCCAUCCACGAGCGUACGAUGCACGUCGCCGAUCUCAGCAAGGUUCCACCAACAACAAUGGUAGUAGUAAUAUAAUCAAGAGAGAAGUGAAACCCCUCGAUAUGAACGUGCAGUAUUAUCCGUGUAAAACGUGCGGUAGCAAGUUUCCUAGUUACUACUUUGUGCACAAGCAUCGAAAACUUUGUCAUACUGAGGACGAAGACGAUACGACAAACCUCAGUACAAGUACGGCUUCCAAUAGCACGUCUGUGGUCAUUUCCAAGGAGAGUAACCACGAGACAAAAGCUUUUCAAGCGGAACAUAGCGCUGAUGCCGAAAAGCGGUCAGAUUUUCUAGCGAAUAUAGACCAUACCCCACCACUACGUGUAGAACAGCAUUAAUAAUUAUAACGAGCUUUUAGAUGCUAUUAGAACCAUAACAACUACAAGCACCAACUCUUCAUUGAUCAAUAACCACUUUAAUAUCACAACCUUAGAAAGAAAGAAAAAUAUCUAAAUACAGCAAACUGAACCUCAUCUCGGUAAAAGUGCUACAUAAUUUGGGGUAAUGUUUCAAUAGUUGUCCUCGGUGAUAUAAGUGAAUACAGUCGUCCUUCAGAAAAUUGUGUAUGGAUUCUUAAGUAUUAAGUGUGUACGUAAUAUCACAAUUAAAAUUACAUUCAGAUAAGAUAGCCCAUAAACAUAAUAAAUAGCAUGAAAAGCAAUACAAGACAUUCAACAUCUAGCGUUUUUGGCAAAUCGCUUAUACAUAUACAAAAAUU